AAAAUGUUGGCAGCGUGGGAUGUUUACUUCUCAUUUUUCUCUGACACGACUUUAUAAAAAAAAAAUUCCCUUCUUAUGUACCAAUAGCUAAAAGCUCUUUGAAUUAAGUUUCAAACGAACGCUCUCAUCAUAGCAGACGUACGUUCCCUUUUGUCAAGACACUCAACACGAUUUCUAUCUGUGAACUUCCUUACAUCUAUCUGCUACAUGAAAUUUACUAUUUUAUAACUCCAGGGCCUGAUAUGACUAAAUGUUUUCUACAGUUUGAUUAUUAUAGAUUACUUCCUCGUCUAUCGAUAUGACCGUGAGAUUGAUGAGUGCAAAAGAAGGGAAAGGUUUCUUGCCUCUUGAUUGAUUCUUCGGCCCGACAGAAAAAAGAGGGAAAAUUUUCAUCUCAGGUUCCUUUUCUUAUUAAAUUGCAAUUUAUUGUUGUAUAGGUGGUUAUAUGAUAGGUUUAUCGCCUGGUGGCUUCCCAUCCCCAGUGGAAACGAAGAUCUCCUCGUAAAGAUCGCGGAAAAGGAAAUGAAACUUGAACAGCAAGCAAAGAGGUAUUAUUUGAAAACCAGUUCUUGUAUCUUCUCUCUUAAAAGGAUAACAAAGAAAUUAUGCAAAUAGAUUAAUAUUAGACCAUUUUUCCCCGGUAUGCUCAACAAACCUUUCGCAUUGAGGGAUAAUUAUAGGUUAUUACACGGUUGGUGCGCAUGUACGAUUUUUAUUCACAGCGAGUGAGUUAAAAUCGUACAAGCGAACCAAUCGUGAAAUAACUUAUUUAUUAUAUACAUACCAAGAUUCAUAAGCGAACAGAACUCAAAGAUAAACAUAUCUUUAUUUUAUUUCAAAGGAAAACAACGCGCGGUCAAGCUGCCGCAUAGUUCGAGAGUUGCACUGAAAUGGCUUCCUUGUAAAAUACUUUACAUUUAAAUUAUCAAGCAAAAAUGCCAUCAAAAGGCAGAAAUAGUUAGAAUAAAAUAAGACAUCCUAAAAAUAUGACGAAAUAACUCUACGGAAGCUCAAAACUUGAAAUACAGAAGUGAAAACCCGAGACCUCAUUUUUUGUUGCUUAUCAGAACCCGCAUGCCUGAAUCGCCUCGCCAUUGAAAACAAGAAAUUCAUGGAACAGAGCAACAUCGUGUUUGGUCUUUUUCUUGGCGUUUUCAUUUUCCUGUCCGUCUAUGAACUCUUCUACUGAUGAAUCUAAGCUCUGAAAAUGGUUAGUUUGAUUUGAAGCCAUCUUUCUGAAGAAAAAUGCGCUUAAGCUUAGAAGUGUGCUUUUUGUCAGUCAAGAGGAGUUUCGAACGAGCGACACGGUUUUGUUCACUAGUGAAAAUAAUGAUAUAGCCAAUCAGAGCGUCGAAAGGUUUGUAUGACCAAUCAGCUGGCUUCUCUAGCGCGAAGAGACUAUUUUCAUUUAAAUGCUUUUUGGCGCGUAAAUCUCGGUAUGUAUAUAAUAACGUCGAUUUAUCGGUAAGAACCAAAUUUACAAUAAGAACAGUUUAGACUUAUAUAAAAAAAGAUAAUUGGAACCUUUAAAGUCAUCUUUGCUAAAAUAAAAUUUUUUGGCGUCAAAAGUAAUGUGUGCCUAAUUAUAAAACAAAUAUCCAGGUGAAUUUUCCGAAACAUACCCCUAGGCACGAGGUCUUCAGCAGACUUCCCUACAGCUACAGGGACAAAGCCCACUGGUUGAACUGUGACGUAAGCCCAAGUAUCAGUCAAAACAGCACGUGACAAAAAUAUGCUAUGAGAAAAUUGAAAACAAACCCUCAUUAACGUAGGUGUUCAAACCCUACCCACUCCUAAUAUUGGGAAGCACCACCCAAAAUUAGGUCAGUCCCCGGGCUGCACCUGGAUGCUCGCCCAGGCUGGCUUCAAGGCGAGGGGUACCUGCCUUCAAGUGUCUGUGAAACUACCCGUGAGUUUUGUUGGAUAUACAGCUAAAAGGCCAGUCCCUUAACUGCACCCGAGGGCGCAGUUUACCAGAGGAAACAGAGCUAUAGCAGUUCAACAAUGAAGUAAAUGGAAUAUAUAUUUUUUUCAAAUUGGGUUGUUUCCGUUGUUUGUUCAGUUCCUAAAAGUUGUAAAUCUGACUCGUUAAUAAGAUGGUAAUUAUUUCGUUUGCUGAUCCACCAGAAUAGUUGAACUUGAGAUGAACUUACAAGUAAUAGAGAUAGAAAAUGGGGAGAGGGGAGAAAAGUGAGCUCACCGAAUACUUUUCAUCUUGUUUGUACUUAGAGUGACUAUUAAACUGCUCUAUAACGCUGUUUUGAACACUACUGCAGAAUAACAAUGAUAUAUUAGUUUAGUUUUUUUUUUGCCCCAAAAUGAUAUCGUAUAGGGUGUCGGUGAUACUUUGUUUACAUCGAUCAAAGAAAAGCCUUUUAAAUCUUCAUGUUCAUGUAUCGUUAAACAGUAUGCUUUAUCAAUGUUUUCUUUUUUAAAAUGUGUAGGCUUAAUCAGCUCGAAGAAUUUAACAAUAGUAAGGACAGAGAGAUUGAGCGACUGAAAAUGAGGUGCGUCUUAUUUCAUGACUUAAAUGAGUUGUCCAUCCAUACGGCUCACAACAGACAAGCUUACGAAUUUUCUUCCUCAUUGAUCGUCCUUCACCUCGUAAACUAGCCUUUGGGUGAAGGAAACAGGUUCCAGCAAAGAAGUAUGUAAAGGCUCUUAUAUACCCCAUGAGAAUAUACGAUUACCGGCAACAAGCUUACCUCCAUUAAUGCAAAAGAUACUAAGGAUUGGAUCCCUCUGGUUUACUCAACAAUGCUUUCGGAAUAUGGGUCAUCUAUUCCCCCCUUAAAUAGAUUUAAUCAUACUAGUAAAAUUCCAAUAGUGAUGAGUGUUCUUGAUUACGCAACAUAGUGUACUCUGUGAACGAUACAUGAGAUAAACUGAAAAGAAAAACAUUUGUCAAACCACAAGCUGCGGAUUGACGAAGGUCCGAGAGCAAAGUUCAACGUUUUCCUCUACCUGCACAGAAAAGAAAAAGUCUAAAGAUCGCUGCCUUGUGUUAAAAAAUCCUCGUCCUUGAAGUAGUAAUGUACAAAGACACACACACAUACGAUUGUACAUGAUCAGAAAGUGUGAAAUGACUAUAAUGUAAACUGCUUGCUGCUGUUUCCAGAGUUUAACUCGUGACGUUUCGAUUUUCGGCCUUCAUUGGGUUGCACAUACAAGUUAAAUGCGAAAAAAAUGCUAAAAUCCCAAGAUAUCUCAAGUCGAGGAUAUUUACAUUAAAUGAGGUGUACUAUAUAUAAUUAAAUCAGGUUAGAUGUAUAGAACCUUUGCAUGAUGUACAUAUGCGUUUUGUUAUUUUAUCGAAACGGUGUUGCAUGAAGCAUCUACAAUUCGCCUAGGAUUAAAUAUACAAACGUGACUUCAACCUCUGAAAGUGACUAACUGCAUUUAAAAAAAAAUUCUCAGAAGCUAUUUUCAAAAAAUUUCCCUAAUCAUUUUUCUGUCAACUUUUGUUUGACGAUGACGAUGUGUCUAUCAUCUUAGCACUGAAUGGUCUCUAAUUACCUUGCAGAGUUGCCGCUCUCAGUGAGAGAAGAGUAAAGCAAAAUCAGUCAAAAGUGGAGGAUAUGCUUAGUAAGAACAGACAGUCAAAGGCGGAAGAGGAUUUCGCUAAUUUCUUCGACGAAACGAGAAUGGAUACACUCGAAAAAAUGGAGAAAUCGUACUCGUUUGAAAAGCAGAUAGAGAUCGACAUCUAUUGCCCCAGACUUCUUUGUCUUAUUUUUGAGGUAUAUCUUGAUAUUAAGAAUAAGCAAACACCCAUGAUACCUCGUUCACGGUAUCAAUAAUUAGUUCCAAAGUCGUUUCAAAAUUGGGAGAUAACCUUUUGAAUGAGACGGUGGGCAUCGGCUUCCUAUAAAAAACAUACUUUAGUUGUGCUUUUUUCGAGUCGACAAUCUGAGUGGAUGGCCACCAUCAGAGUCAAGUGAAGAGUUGCUGUCAGUCGACUGUUAUAGUUCCAGUCCUUGCAUAAUGUUCAGUCAGUUUAGCCGCGAUUGUAUUGACUUUAAAACUAAUUUGGUGCAUGUAAGUCGGUCGUAAUUGUUAGGACUGCAAAGUCAUUCUUUUCGGUUCCGUGGCGGAGCAAAUGUCUUGAAUAAGUCAAUUUAUUGGUGCUGGUAGUUGUUGACUUCUGUCGAGGGUAGUCUGCUCCAAAUUAGUGAACUAGCUUUACACAGUCAGUCGUUGAGAAUAGUUAGAGCUGUAGGUUAAGCAUUUGGCAGAGUCACAGUCAAUAGCGGGGUUCGUUACUCGAUGAAUUUAAGCGUUGUGAUUUUUAUCAUUACCAUUUCUCGUCGCUUGUUCGUGCUCAGUCUGUCUUGUAUUGAAGUUUGUUAUAAACCAACCCUGUCUUUUUUAACUGACGUAGUGUAAUAACGAUCGUUUUGUGGGCGAGCUGGAUAUUGAACGGUUACAGCAUGCGCGAGAUGGUUUCAGACAUGCCCUCCAUGUACGGUCUAUAGUCAUUGUGGUCGUAGGAGUUGUCGUUGCUAAGUGUUUCGCCGGAUCCAAUUGUUGCUCUUUUUCGGAAAAACACAGUCAAAGUUUUUGUUUUCUUUGGAUAGGCUGUCUGUCGAGUUGCAAACCAGGCGCACUUUUUAGAGCCCUGGGUGCAUGAUAGUAACGACUUUGUGUGAUGUCGGGUUGUAAGAUGACUUGUCUGGUGUACGGCGAUACGUGUUGGUUUUCUUCGACUUGUCUGUUUACUGUUUGUCUGUGCUCUGCUCGUUUAGGUGGUGGUGGAAUGUGUAGAUUUUGUCGUGGUUUACGGCGAUAAAUGUAUUACUAGGAUUUCAUCACGCUAUAGUACAGUAAUUGCCAUUUUCACAAGUGUUCAAUUUUUGUAUUGUUUUGUUCUGUUUCUUUUUUUUUUCAAGGCUGCCUACGAAAAAAUGGAAGAGGCGAGAAGAGCAAUGUUUGAGUUGGGGAAAGAAGUAACGAGAGGUUUUAUUCAAUUAACCCCAGACGAGAUCAAAUUGAUUACAGACUGUAAAAGGGUAAGACAAAAAAUCAACCCCUCUAGCAGUUUAUCUCCGGCGAGGAUAGAUGAAAAGCGGUGAUUAAGAUUAAUAUAAACAAAACUGUUGUAAAGAUUUGACACUUGUCUUUUUUCCUUACGAUAUUGGGUAAAGGACGCAGACAUUGUAUAUAAACUAUAUCAUCCUUAGUUCUCCACCCCCCUUACGUGCAGAUCAAUUGUAGAUGUUUAGAUAAAGCGUCGUGAUGAACACGAAACUCUCUUGACGAAAGAAGAGGCGUCAAGCUUUAUAGUAAGGAAAUAUGAUUUGGAUCGUUAAGUGAAAAUAAAUCGGUUCGUUCCUACUGUGAUUUAAAUGGAAGACUUGCCUUUCAAAUGGAAACUCAGAUUCCAGCUGCAUCAACAAGGUAUAGGCUUUUAUUAAGGCUGGCAAGUUUUCUAUAACGUGGUGAGUAAUUUAGGAAAUUAAAUUUAAAUUCAUUCGGAUCGCUAGAUUAAAAUUUCGGAUUUUGUUACUUCUUCUUCAGCCGUAUCUAUCUAAUAGAAACGGCUUUUUAGCACCUCCAUAGAUAUCGGCCGAGGGUUUUAAAACCUGUUCCCAUAAUAUCGUAAGCCUUUAUCGGUCCAUUAACGAACUAGCUUUCAUGAAUGAACAGACUUUUGAACUUCUGACCCUAAAUUAGGCUGUACAAUCUAAUUUACACUUUAAGGGUUACAAUAUGAUUAGCCUUGAUAGAAAUCGAGGUGGUGGUGGUGUUUGCACUUACAUUCGAAGCUGCAUGAAUUAUACAAGACGUUUGGAUCUAGAAAUCCAGUUUUUAGAAAUGUUAGCGUUGAAAAUACCAAAGACAUUGCCGAUGGUAAUAAUUGUUUUACCUAAAUUGGUCCAGGUGUUUCUACAGACCUUUCCAGGUCAUCCAUAAAUUUAUAAGAGGAAUUGGAACACGAGCCGUCCUCGUUUUAAUGUACUGAAAUUAAACCGUUUAGGGUCUUUAUUUCUUUACUGUACUGUCAAACUGUCACCGAGAUGUCAACAAAGCAACCGGCCUUGACCAAAUUUACGGUAAAGUUCCUUAGCUGGCUGCGCCAUUAAGCUAUUGACAACGAACUUAUAUACUGAACUUUCUGCUGUUUUUUAAAGCAAGUGACUAAAAAAAUUGUAACUAUCUAUUAGAGAUCUUCAUAUAAAAAUACAAACUCGCAAAUGCUCUGGAAGUUUAAUCGAAUUUUUGUUGUUCACGGUUUGUGGAAGAACAAACGUGGAAAAUAUUGUAGUUUUUGAUCACGGUUACCGUGGUUAAAUUAGCUUUUCUAUCUAUUCUAUUCAUCUAUCCAUUAUGGCUAAUACAUUCAAAUAUUCUUUUUGUAAUACGUGUAGUAUUCAAGUCUUUUGUCUUAACCAACAGACGGGCGUCUCUGAAACAUCGAUAACCUAUCCAGUCUGCUUAGGGCGUCAAGAAUCACAGUAUCCAGUAGAAGCUGUUGAUGCCCUAAUGAUGAUCUUGAAAGAAACGGCACCCAAUUGCAACCUUGAUUGUUUAGUGGAGGUAUGUUGUCCUGCAUACUCAGCCUCUCAGUACGUAUCUUGAUUGUAAACAUCACUUGUUCAUAUAAUUUUUGAAGGUUUCAUGGUUACAUUGUAAACCUUCGGGGUGGGAUGAACUGUGUCGUGGAUCUCGAUUUGCAUGUUUCGUUUACAUCACGCAAUGAAACGUACAAAAGAAGUGAACUUGUCAUAUUUCCCAAAACAUUGAAGAAUAAGAGUCUUCAUGAAAUGGUCAAAAAGAGAUGUCACUUUGUAGCAAAUCUAACAGAAGGCCCGACGACGGCAGGACAGUUUGAUGAAGCAAAAAGGGUCUGACCUUACGAAUUGCUUUCCUUGAUGAAUUUUUUGAACUUCGUUUAACCCAUACGUUUUCCCGCGAAUUUAAAUGGCCUCUUUCUCACGGCACUCGACAAGGGAGUUCCAUAUUGCCUUUUAUUGGUUGGCGGCAUGACCGCAUUGGCACGCGCUUAAAUAAGGUGCUAAAACUGGGAAUUUCUUUGGGGGCCGAAAAUCCGAGGUUUGUUUUUACGCUAGUUACCUAAACCUGAACGAUUUAAUAGGGUAUGUAUUUUUGUCGGAUUUUGAUGAAACGUAGCCAGGAUAUUUGUCAGAUAUUAAUGCACACAAUUAUGUGAGGCUUUAAUGGAAUUUGAGAUAUCUUUUUCCUGUGAAUUCCCGGCGCGUGACAACGCAAUUUUGUUUUGUCCAACUUUAAAAUAGAUUUUCUCGGGAAUCAAUCGGAAUAUCGAAAAGCUUAUAAUCUGCUGAGUGAUACAAUCCAGUUUGUUGGGAUGUUCGUGGUAACGCAAAGGCUUUUUCCGGAGGGCACUCUUUUCUGUUGACGGUGACCUUAAUCUUUAUUCAGAUUUCUAACGAUUCGUGCACAUUGUUAUGCUGCUGGUUGGUUUCGUAUGAGAACAUCAGUCACAAUCGUAUCUGAUUAUUUUUUUUCUGAUAACAACUUUUCAAAGGCGUCAUGAAGAAAUCGAGUUGUAGUUCAGUUUUUUUUUUUAUCAAACGCACACGGGAAAUAAAUAAAUUAAAGAAAAAGCUAAGUAACUCAGAGUUAAUCACUAUAUCGACUUCACAAUGAUUUGAAGAUUACUUAGAAACCUAGUAUUGUUUUUUUUUUCGAACACGUUAGAGGCACUUUUCUUUUUUUUAUCAUUAUCCUCCAAUUAAUAACAGUACUAAGGUAUGAGACAAGCUCACAGUCGCAAUCUUAUUUUCAAUCCAAGCCAAUAUAUCGUACUUUUCCCGCCCUUUCUCCUCUACAUUUUGUCUUGUGCAUCAUUCUCCAUGGGAAAAGGGGAGGAAGGAUGAAUGUCGAUGUCAGGUCUGAAGGAAAAUUGUUCACGAUAUUAGUAUCGGUAAUAACAUGAUUUCGAGUGUAGUUUUGUGUAAAUAAUUUGCAUGGAAAAAGCAUCUUAGAAAGUCAAGACAGAGGAUUUUUUGACAGCGCGCGCGCUAUUUGUAAUUUGAACUCGUGUUACAACUUUGCACUCGUGUGACAUGAAAAUUGCACUCGCUUAAAGCUAAUCAGAAGCGCGUAAUUUUUAUAUAUACAUUAUUAGAGCUUUUACUGAUGUCAGCGUUGUCGGCUUUCUUAAUUUUUGACCACACGUAUCAUUUCUUUCAUGAGCGAUUAUUUUGCAGUUUGCGAACCCGUACGCCUAACUUUUCAAAUAAUCUUCAAAAAUCUUUUAGGAUGUCAUUCGAGUUGUUGUGAAGAAGUGGAACAGGUGGCAGGAAGAGGAAAAAUUGUUGAGAAACAGCCGACUUUCACACGCAGUGAGUCACCUUCAUAAACCACUAUUCCAGGAGUACAUAAAAGCAAGUAUCCGGCUGACUUGGAGAAUGGUUACCCAGACACCACCACUUAGGUUAGAGUAUCAAUCCUUGUACCUACAACAGUGCCAUAAGAAGAUGGGUUGUUAUAUGAGUCCUGAGGUACGUACGUUGGCGAAAGGAAUCCCUGACCAACAUCAGGAAGAGGAGAUAGCGUGUUAUCUUUGGCCGGGACUGUUUGAUGGGGAAGGAAGAUGUAUUCGAAAAGGAGAAGUCUUGUGUAGGAUAAAAGCGAAUACCGAGUAAGCAUCUUUUGAAUUUCUACGCCCAACAACUAAAGCAAAAGGUUAUGUGUAGUUUGGAAAUUGCUUUAAUGUUCAAAAUCCUGUUAAAUACCUUUUAUUUGUGCCACGCUCCAAAUGUAAAUGAGAGGCAUGAAUCAGGUCGAUGCAUGAUCGAAAUAAGUGGGUUUUCUGACAUGAAACGACCUCUUAUAUUUAGUGUUACCUGUGACGUUGUUAGAGAAAGAAGGACCUCUGAAAAAUAUACGAUAACAGAUGGAAUAGAAUGCAGGCGAUUAACAAUGAGUAUUCUGUUUGUUUAUGCAAGCACUAUUUUAUUUCGCCUACAAGUAAAAACAUUAAAACGUCUUUACAUCGACAUUUUUCCUUAUUGAUGUUUAAUGAGAGCAUUUGCUUAGAAACUAAAUUGCUUCUGUAUUAAGUAGUUAAAGCUUGUUUUAGAGUUUGGGUGGUCAAACUAAAGAAAUAAAGAAAACUGUUGUAAAGAUUGUCCCUAGUUUAGCAUCCGUACUUAACAUCCAUCUUAAAGGCAAAAGCUUUCCUUGCAAUUGUUCUUGAGCAAGUGUUUAAAUAUUGAGUAAUUGCACGUCUAUGGAAC